AUGGGGAAAUAUAGGAAAAGGUUCAACGAGAAGGCGAGAACCGGUAUGCUUGCUAAACAAGCAGCUUUAAAGAAAGCAAGAAAUAAACAAUUUCAUACACAACCAGAAGAAAUAGGAUCAGAUACAGAAGAUACAAACCCACAAUAUGAUAUUACAAAUCUCAAUGACCAAGACUCAAAUGCAGAAAUACUAGCUCCAGUAUCAGAAGAAGAAAGACUAGCGAGAAAAAGAGCUCUAGAAGAAAACCUUUAUACUCAAAAUGCUAAAAGUGAAAAACUAUCGAAAUCAAAAAAGAAAAGAUUAGAUAAAUAUAUAGAGCAUCAACUAAAGCGUGAAGAAAGGAAAACAUUACUAGAGAAACUAGCGGAGACAAAAAUGGAUACUUCAAAACUAAGUGCAUUAAAAGAAUUGGGAAAAGGUAAACAAACAAGGAAAGAACAAAUGAUUGAAGCUUUGGAUCUAGAACAACAGGGAAGAGGUGAUGAAUAUACAAAGGGAGUUUUAUAUGAAGAAAGAGAUGUCAAAGAUUUUGAUGAAGAGAAUCUGGCUCAAGAAAAUGUGAAUGAAGUCAAGUCAUCGUUUGUGGAUAAUAGACCCUCAAAGUUUGGUGGUUCUGGAUUUGGAUUUGGUUUUAAUAAUAUACCUGUAAUAAAAAAAGACGAGUCUGCAUCAAAAAAGAAAUAUAGUUGGAGAAAAAGAGUUGAAGAUGAAGAAAAAAAGAAGUUGAAGCUAGAAGAAGAGGAUGAUUUUGCGUCAGAUAGUGAUGUGGAAGAAGAUAAGCAACAAAUGGAAGAGCUCAAUGGAGUAGAAGAUGACGAUUCAGAAGAAGAAAGCGAGAUGGAAGACGAGUUAAGCCAAAAUGGUGAGAUUGGUGAUGAAAGUGAUGAAAAUGGUGACAAUGAAGGGAGCGAAGAUAAUGAUAGCGAGGAAGACGAAGAUAACGAAGAUGAGAGUGAAGAAGACGGGGAGGAGGAAGAUGAAGAAGAAGCCUCGAGAUUCAUGAUGCUAAAACCACGUCAUUCAAAAAUAGCAACUUCAUUUAAAGAAUGGGCAGAGCAACAGCUAAAAAAGAGUGAAGAUAGAGAAAAUAUUCCACUCGUUGCUGAAGUUUCAGAAGAAACCAAACAAAAAUAUUCAAAACCAACCAUUCACGAAGAAGAUAUAGAUCAUAGUUCCGAUGAAGAGGGCUAUAUACCAAUCAACAAGGACCUACUGAGAGAAGCAUUUGUAGUUAAUAUUGAAAGAUCAGACGAAAUACAAAAACAAAGACUUGAAUUACCAGUUUUUGCAGAAGAACAUAAGAUAAUGGAAGCAAUUUAUCAUCAUGAUUGUGUAAUAUUGUGUGGUGAAACUGGUUCUGGUAAAACAACUCAAGUACCUCAAUUUUUAUAUGAAGCUGGGUUUGGUAAUAAAAAUAAUAAAUUAUAUCCUGGAAUGAUUGGAAUAACUCAACCAAGAAGAGUUGCAGCAGUUUCAAUGUCAGAAAGAGUUGGUAACGAAUUAGGAAAUCAUAAACAUAGAGUAGGUUACCAAAUUAGAUUUGAUACAACUAUAAAAGAUGAAGGUACAGAAAACGGUACAGCUAUGAAGUUUAUGACUGAUGGUGUUUUAUUAAGAGAAAUGAUGACUGAUUUCUUAUUAACUAAAUAUUCUGCUCUAAUUAUUGAUGAAGCUCAUGAAAGAAAUAUCAUCACGGAUAUAUUAAUAGGUAUGUUAACCAGAGUAAUGAAGUUGAGAAGAAAAUACCAUAAUGAAAAUCCUGAAAAAUAUAAACCAUUAAAAGUUAUAAUUAUGUCAGCUACUUUACGUGUUAGUGAUUUUUCUGAAAAUUCAUCAUUGUUUAAAAUUAAACCUCCCAUCAUUAAUGUACAAGCUAGACAAUAUCCUGUUUCAGUUCAUUUUAAUAAAAAGACAGAAUUUGAUUAUCAAGAAGAGGCAUUUAAUAAAGCAUGUAAAAUUCACAAAAAACUACCUCCUGGUGGAAUUUUAAUAUUUAUGACUGGUCAAUUUGAAAUAACGCAUUUAGUUAAAAGACUCAAAGAAGAAUUUCCAAGUAAGAGACAAGUUCAUGAAGAUGAAAUUAUAGAUGAAGUUAAAUUAUCUAAUAAUGUUCAGCAAGAACUGGAAGAUAUAGAAUUUAGUAUCACUUUAAAUGAAGCUGAAAAUUAUGAUGAUUAUGAUGAUGCAACAUCUGAUCAAGAAGAGGAAGGAUUUGAAGAAGCAAUUGAAAAUACAGAAAUUGGUCCUUUGCAUGUUUUACCUUUGUAUUCACUUUUACCUACAAAUCAACAAAUGAAAGUAUUUGAAGAACCACCGAAGGGAAGUAGAUUAUGUAUUGUAUCCACUAAUGUGGCAGAAACAUCUUUAACUAUCCCAGGAAUAAGAUACGUAAUUGAUUGUGGAAGAGCUAAAGAAAGAAAAUAUAAUAAAGAGAAUGGAAUAACUUCAUUUGAAAUUGAUUGGAUCUCAAAAGCAUCAGCUGAUCAAAGAGCAGGUAGAGCAGGUAGAACAAGUGCUGGUCAUUGUUAUAGACUUUAUUCAUCUGCUGUUUAUGAAGAAUUUUUCCCACAAUUCAGUCUACCAGAAAUUCUCCGUACACCUUUUGAAAGCAUUGUCUUGAGUAUGAAGAGUAUGGGUAUAGAUCAAAUUGUGAACUUCCCAUUUCCAACUCCUCCAGAUAGGACCGCGUUAAAACAAGCUGAAGAAUUGCUUGUGGUUUUAGGUGCUCUUGAUAGUGAAAACCGUCAAGUAACAGAUUUAGGAAAAAAAAUGUCAUUGUUCCCAUUAAGUCCAAGAUUUGCAAAAAUAUUAAUUAUUGGAAAUCAACAAGAAUGUCUUCACUACAUUAUAGCUAUAGUCUCAGCAUUAUCAGUCGGUGAUCCUUUCAUUUCGGAGAAUGAGAUGAUUGGUAAUAUGCCUGAGGAAGACAGAAAAGAUUUCAGGAACAAAUAUUAUAAAUCAAAAGCCAUUUUUUCCAAGUUAGAUUCUUCAAGUGAGUGUAUGAUGUUGCUAUCAGCUGUUUGCGCUUUGGAUCAUAUACAAAAAGAGCAGGUUAAAAACUUUAUAUCCACUCACUAUUUAAGACAGAAGGUUGUUGAUGAAAUACAAAAAUUAAGGAAACAGAUAAGUUAUAUAGUUGAAAGAUGUUUAAUCUCAACUGUCGGUGGCUCAUUUGAUCAAGUUGAUAAACUAGCAGUUCCUUCAAAGAAACAAGUAUCUGCCUUGAAACAAAUGGUUGCAUCUGGUUUUAUUGAUCAAGUAGCAAUAAGAGCAGAUCUUGUAGCAUCUGAUGUCAAAAUUCAAAACAAGUCUAGCAUUGUCAAAAUUCCAUAUUGUCCAGUAAUGCCAAUUGAUCACGGACAAUUUGUUUAUAUUCAUGCAAAUUCAAUAAUGACAAAAACUGGUAAUAUUCCAGGACCAUAUAUUGUUUAUCAAUCAUUAAGUACAAGAUCCAAACAACCAGAGGAUCAAGAAGAACAACCUAAAAUUAGAAUGAUACCAUUAGUUGAUAUAUCUGGCAAACAAUUAGCUCAUAUUGCUAAAAAUUCUAUGUUGUUAACAUACUCAAAACCUUUAGGUCAUCCUUAUGCACCUAAAAAUUUAACUCCAACUAAAAGAGAAUGUUAUGUUGUUCCCAGAUUUGGUGCUGCUAUUGGUACUGCUGGUGUUGGAUGGGAUUUACCUGCAAUUAAAGUCAUUCAAGAAAAACAACACGGAAAAUGGGUUAAUUUAUAG